AUAAAAUGUCUCAAGGAACUUUAUUUGCUACUGGCCACUCUCGUGGUAUUUUACCAAGAGCUUUAGUUAAACACUUCAAAUUGGAUGUUAAAAUCUCCGAUCAAGAAGAUCCAGUUUAUAAAAAAAACUUCCCAUUAGCUAAAGUUCCAGCUUUUGUUGGUCCAAAAGGUUUCAAAUUAAAUGAAAUCAUUGCUGUUACCAUUUACUUAUUAAACUUGGCUAAUGAUGAAAAAUUAUUAGGUAAAAACGCUCAAGAAUACGCUCAAAUCUUGAAAUGGUUAUCUCUUGCUAACUCUGAACUUUUACCUUCUCUUGCUAGUGCUUUCAAACCAUUGAUUGGUGCUUCUCCUUACAACAAAAAACAAGUUGACGAUAACACUGCUUAUGCCAACAAGGUUGCCAACAUUUUUGAAGAAAGAUUAGCCAGCUACACUUACUUGGUUGGUGAAAGAUUAUCUUUAGCUGAUUUACUCGCUACUACUUCUUUCCUCAGAGGUUACGACCACUUAUACGGUGCUCAAUGGAGAAAACAAUACCCAAACAUCACUAGAUGGUUCAAAACUAUCAUUAAAACUCCAAUCUUAAGUGAAUUCAUUGGUGAUUAUAAAUUCAGAGAAAAACCAGUUGAAUACACUCCUCCAAAGAAGGAAAAGAAACAACAACCAAAAGCUGAAAAAGCUGAAAAAGCUCCAAAACCAGCUGCUGCCGCUCCUGCUGAACCAGCUCAAGCUCCAAAACCAAAACACCCAUUGAGUUUAUUACCUCCAGCUAAAACUUCAAUUGAUGAAUGGAAGAGAACUUACUCUAAUGAAGAAACUAGAGAAGUUGCCAUUCCUUUCUUCUGGGAAAAAAUUUACAACCCUGAAGAUUACUCCUUAUGGAAGGUUGACUAUAAAUAUAACGACGAAUUAACCUUGACCUUUAUGUCUAACAACUUGGUUGGUGGUUUCUUUGCUAGAUUAUCUGCCUCCACCAAAUUCAUGUUUGGUUCCAUGGUUGUUUUCGGUGAAAACAACAACAACGGUAUCACCGGUUUCUUCUUAAUCAGAGGUCAAGAUCAUGUUCCUGCCUUUGAUGUUGCUCCAGAUUGGGAAUCUUAUGAUUUCAAAAAAUUGGACGCUAAGAACGAUGAAGAUGUUAAGUUCAUCAACAACAUGUUGGCCUGGGAUGAACCAGUUGUCGUCAACGGUGAAAAGAAAGAAAUCGCCGACGGUAAAGUCUUCAAAUAAUCUAUAUAGUUGUCUGUACUUAAUUAUAUUCUUUAUUUU